AUGGCAGGACCCAUCCAGCUGGGGGAUGUCAUCAACUUCAGCAAGCUUGCGUGGGACGUCUACAGGUUCGGUUGGGAUAACGACUUCAACGCAACACGGCAAUAUGCAGAAUUUGGGCGCGAUGUAAGAGGGCUGGCCGAGAAUCUUGACAUCCUCAGCCGCGUGGUAAACAAAGCGGACCAAUCACUACGCCAAGAAGGGGCAUUCAAACCGUUGCGCUGGGAUCGUUCGUCCCUUGACGAGAUCAUCGGAGACUACGAGGAAACUCUCACUGAAUGCUGCAAUCUGAUUGAGAACAACCAUCGCUAUCGUCUUAGCAGUGGCCCGCUCAGGAACAUCGAGUGGAAUGUCCUUGUGGCACCGGCCGCAGACCGGCUGCGAGCGCGGAUAGCAUUGCACAACUCCAAGGUUCUCCACGUGCUGAAGCCGUUUGAAAUCGAUUUGCUGUGCCGUGUCAGGGAAGACAUUCGCCUUGUGCACGAGGAUCUUGCCCACCGUAUAAGUGCCGUACACCUCGACUUGCACCGCCUCAUUGGAGUUCUGGUCCCAGAUCUCGAGCAAGCUCUUGCGCGGCAGGGCCAUCGAGAGCUCAUUCAACUCGAAAUACCGCGAGUAGUCGCCGAGGGCUUCCAGAAAGCAUGGGACGCGGAGAGGCGAGAGGAUGACUUGGGCCCUAGCCUUCAGGAGAUGGCGGAUGUUUUCGUUCUUCACUACCACAAGUCUACAGUCAACUUCACCGCCGGCAUCCUGGUAGAAAACAGGAUCCCCGAAAUCGAGCAGUAUGUGAGUCUCUUGAAGUGCAUCUGGGUGAUGCGGCGCAUUCGCGAAUCGGCCGAACUACAACAGUCGACGACGAGCCUAUCACACUGGCCUUCGUAUAUCCAAGAGCUUGAGGAUGACCUUGCCUUCCAAUGCGAUCGAUUCAGGCAAGACCUCGUGCCACCAAGCCUAACAGGCCUACUGCCCGAAAUGCUGGACAUCUGGCCUGAGAAAGAGCUUGCGCAGCUGGUAGAUGUAGUGACAAGAGACGCACUUAUGGAGCAAGUCUUGGACAUACCAAUGCAAGGAGCUGCCGCCAACGUCCAAAGGAAGCUCCAGCUGCUUCGACGGAUGGGCGCAGACGGAAAGCGCUUCCGCAUCAACAUCUCCGGUGUAGAACAAGGAAGCACGAGCAGGAAUGCGCGUCGUCAAGCCGAGACCAUCGACUUCGACAUCACUUCCGUCAUUAUUAACCCGUUAUAUGCCGUCCCAUCCACCACGGGAGCAUGGGAUAUGAUCUUGCGGAAAGACGAGCGGGUCGCCAAGCUCGCAUUUACGCAGCUCAAGGACGCGGUCAGGUUCCAGCAAGCGAUCACUGGCUUUAAGGCAUUUGACAACUACAGCCAGUACAAGGCCAUGGUUAGCUUCGUCGUCUCAGGCAGGGGAGAACCGAUCGUCGAGAGCGCUUGCAUCCAGCUGUGGGUUCCAAAGCAGCUGGAUGGGCAACUCGUGACAAACAACGAGUCUUCAGUCGGGCAAAACGCUGCGUCACGGUCCGCAUCGGUAGCAUCUUCAGCGACUGAGACGGCGUCGAGACAGAGCACCCUCCGUGGCCUUUGGGACACGACCAACCCAAUUACGACCAGCCCUACCGAGACCGUGUCGAUGUGGAACAACAUGAGUCCGCCAACGGGGCCUACAGCGCGAAGCCCAUCGAUACCGUCGCCGCCAACGAUCAACAACCCGGCGGGGGUGCGGUCUCCUAUGGCUAUACCACGCCGGCCAGUGGGAUCGGGGAGCAGGCAGACGACAGCAGCAUCGCCACCCCGUGGCUACCAACAACCGACGAUGUCGACAUCGCCAGUUAGCCCUCGGUCCUCCAGCUUGUUCCCGGGCUCGUGGCAGUCGAGGGCGCCGUCGGUGUCUACAGUAAACACCCGCCCCGACAGAACGUUCAGCAUGUCGAGCAACAUGUCGGCAGCCACGUCUCCUUCUAACAACAGCUCGAGCGGUAGCGAAGCGCGUACGGCGACUGUUAGCAUUGGCGGAUUCACAACCGGGACUGUCCACCGGCGUCCGCCCAAACCCAUGUUGGUUUUGUUCACGCAGCAUCCGCAGACGGGAAAGCUGGCGAUGGUGACGAUAGAUAUUGACGAGGACACCGAGGUCAACCCGGACCGGUGCAACUGCCGGCGGUCAGGACGUGAUGGGUCAUCAUGUCUGAUUGCCGCCAUCGAACAGAACCGGGGCAAUGUGGACAUGUCGGUGCGACGGUUUGAAAGUCGCGAUGGCGACAUGGACUGGAACCUGGCCAAGCUGGCUCUCGGCCGGCGAGGGGAGAAGGAGUACGCUGCCGCUGUUUGGAAGGACGUCAGGCGUAUUAGCAUCAUGUUCCCGACUCCCGAGGACAGAGCCAAGUUCGGAGGCACGCCCAACAUCUGUCAGUGCAGUGCGAGGACAGAGGCUGAGCUGGGCCAGUGCCUCAAGAGACGGCACAAAGGCUUCCUGGGGCUCGUCAGGGAAUCCGGCCGGCAACAACUUAACGAGUACCAUCGGGCCAGAUUCGGAUCGCAGCACGAUGUCGUCCGCGGGAUGAGAGACGACUAG